GCUGGCCGCGGCGCUAGCUCGCGGCUGGGGGCGAAGGUGAGGACCGGAACGCGGAGGGCGGGCGCUGCUCGCGGCGCCGGGCCGCGUUCCUCGUCCGCGGCCGCCCUGCCACCCAGCCCGCGUCCCCGCCGGCGGGAGCUCGGGGGCACCGGGCGGCGGCGCGGCUGCUGGCGGCGGCUGGCUGGAUGCGAGACCUGCGCGGACCCGGCGGCGGACGGCGGCUCUCGACUCGGGGAAGCCGAACGCUCCGGCCAUGGCCUCCAACUUUAACGACAUAGUCAAGCAGGGCUACGUGAAAAUCCGCAGCAGGAAGCUGGGGAUUUUCAGACGAUGCUGGUUAGUUUUCAAGAAGGCUUCUAGUAAAGGACCCAGAAGGCUAGAAAAAUUUCCAGAUGAAAAGGCAGCAUAUUUCAGAAACUUUCAUAAGGUAACUGAACUGCACAACAUCAAAAAUAUAACGAGACUGCCUCGAGAGACAAAGAAGCACGCGGUGGCAAUUAUCUUUCACGAUGAAACGUCAAAGACCUUUGCCUGUGAGUCAGAGCUGGAGGCUGAGGAGUGGUGCAAACAUCUCUGCAUGGAGUGUCUGGGGACCAGACUGAACGACAUCAGCCUUGGGGAGCCGGAUCUCCUGGCGGCAGGAGUGCAGCGGGAACAGAAUGAGCGAUUCAAUGUGUAUCUGAUGCCUACACCAAAUCUGGAUAUUUAUGGCGAAUGCACAAUGCAGAUCACUCAUGAGAAUAUCUAUCUCUGGGAUAUCCACAAUGCCAAGGUCAAACUGGUGAUGUGGCCUCUCAGCUCACUGAGGAGAUAUGGGCGGGACUCAACGUGGUUCACGUUUGAGUCAGGAAGAAUGUGUGACACAGGAGAAGGACUAUUCACUUUUCAAACAAGGGAAGGAGAAAUGAUCUAUCAGAAGGUCCAUUCUGCGACACUGGCCAUAGCUGAGCAACAUGAAAGAUUAAUGCUAGAAAUGGAGCAGAAGGCCCGGCUUCAGACAAGCUUGACUGAACCGAUGACAUUAUCCAAAUCAAUCUCUCUUCCUCGUAGUGCAUACUGGCACCACAUCACUCGUCAGAACAGCGUGGGAGAAAUCUACAGUUUGCAAGGUCACGGGUUUGGUUCAUCAAAGAUGUCGCGCGCACAGACCUUUCCCAGCUACACCUCAGAGCAGAACGAAGAGACACAGCAGUCCUUAUCUCGGUCGAGCAGCUAUGGAUUCAGCUACAGCUCCAGCCUCAUUCAAUGACACACAGAGAGCCACUGCUGAUCAGAGAGACUGUCUGUCCCGGACCUGCUUGUAGGGUCAUUGCACCCUCUGCCUCCUGGAAGACCACUUGCAGUAAAAAAUUGAAAUGGGUUGGCUCGAGCCCCGAUCCCAGUGGAAGGUUAAAAACUGGAGUUCUGCUCCCUUGAUUCUGUGGCUAAGUCCUUUAUUUAUUGAAUUUCUGGGGGGAAUCUGUGUUUUACAAAAAUAGAAUCCAAAUCGUAUGAACAGUUAUUUAAAU